AUGGUUUGGAUCGACUCAGCUUUGGAAUUUUGUAUUCUCCUUCUGCAGAUAGUCUUACUUCGUUCAAAUGAUCUUUCUGUGGAUGACAUUGUAUCUAAAGCUAUCGAUAAUGGCUAUAGAAACAUGAAAUUUGAAAGAACGUGUUCGAAUACAGACGAUCAGGAUCUGCCAAGAGAUGAAAGUAAAUUAUUUGACUUCAUUAGGAAACAGAAAGAGUUCGAAGAAAAUACGUCAAAUGCGGGAAGGCUAUACAUAGAAGUCAACAAAGAGCUUGUAAGGCUAUCUGGUAAAAGUAUUCAUCAGCUGAUUAGAUCAAAGGCAUAUCGUGAAUCCUUUGCAAAACAGUUUUGUCGUCGUACAUCCCUCCGAUGUGAAAUGUAUGUGAAUUCACCAUAUCGCUCAGCAGACGGCAGAUGUAAUAAUAUACGAUACCCUACGCUUGGAUCAAAGGGAGCCAUACAAUCACGAUAUCUUCCUCCCCAAUAUGACGAUGACAUAACGAGACCCCGAGAAAGGUCAGGAACUGGAAAGUUAUUAUUGAGUCCUCGAAUAAUAAGUAACGAGGUGUUCCGAGGUUUAGGUAUCAAAGAGAGCACACCCAAAGAUAAUAAUCUUUCUCUGAUGACCUUUACAUGGGGUCAGUUUCUUGACCAUGACAUUGUACUUACCCCCGUUGCAACAAAUGUGGACGGUGAUGAACUUGAAUGCUGUGGGAAAGAUGCAGACUAUAUCGAUUGUGUUCAAAUUUCAAUACCAGCCAACGACGCACAUUUCAGAGGGCGUCAACGUUGUAUGUCCUUCUCAAGGUCAAUGCCGGCAGAGUCCUUUGAUGGUUGUGCACCAGGUUAUCGAGAGCAGGCUAAUCGUCUGACGUCAUUCAUUGAUGCCGGCAACGUUUACGGCAACAGUCUAUCAUCGCAUGCUUUACUCAACGCUCCAAAUGGGUGUUUAAACACAACAAAGUAUAAUUUACUGCCUCCUGGAGGUGUGUGUAAGAUCCUCAGCAAUGACAGAGACCAUUGUCCCAGGGCAGGGGAUGAAAGAGUGAGUGAGAACCCUUCCCUGGGAGGGAUGCAUGUUAUAUGGGUGAGACAACACAACAAGAUUGCCCAACACCUAGCAAAAACUACAUCAUGGUCUUCCUAUAAAAUCUUUCAAGAAACUAGGAAAAUCAUAGGCGCCAUGAUGCAGCACAUCACUUAUGGGGAGUACUUACCCAAAAUACUGUCACCGAAGACCAUGGCAAGGCGUAACCUUUAUCUAAGGAAAUCAGCUUAUGAGACGCGGUACGACCAGGAAACAGAUCCAUCGGUAAAAAAUGUGUUUGCAGCAGCUGCGUUCAGAUUCGGACAUUCACAGAUUCCACCACAAUUAGGAUAUCUGUUCAAGGAUAUGACAAGUCGUUCCUUCAAGCUGGAGGACACCCUUAUGGAUCCUCAUCUUGUUGUAACCCAGAAAGGCGUAUACCUCCCAGACCUGGUCCGAUUUGUGUUACGAAAUAACUCCAGACUAGUAGACAGGCAUAUUGAAUCAGCUGUACGAAAUACCCUAUUCGUUGAUUUUAAGGGUGAAAGUUUUGACUUGUCUGCCUUAAAUUUACAAAGAGGGCGUGACCACGGACUUCCCUCGUACACAGCCUGGAGAAAACAUUGUGGUCUGAUCGUACCGAGGUCAUUUGGACAGCUGGUGGACCAUGAUGUCCAAACGAGAGAGAAACUUUCUAAUGUUUACGAGUUAGUGGCUGACAUUGAUGUAUUUGCUGGAGGAAUUUCAGAACUGCCAGAGGAAGGAAGUGUUUUAGGGCCAUUGUUCAACUGCUUACUUGGAAAACAGUUUCACGAUCUGAAGUUUGGUGACAGAUACUGGUUCGAAAAUCCAGGAAUAGGUGGAUUCACUCCAAGUCAGCUUCAGGCCAUUCGCAGUGUGACAUUGGCUUCUGUAAUCUGUAAUACUUUAGACAUCGGCGAGGUUCAGAAGGAUGCAUUUGAAAUUCCACAUAAGGGAAAUCCACUCGUUCCUUGCCAAAAAAUACCAAAAUUGAAUUUAGAUUCGUGGAAGAAAUAAAAUUCAUACCAG